GGAAGCCAAUAGCAGGGCGGCCGUUUUCCGGGAGUGGGCUCAGUUGGCCGCGCUGGUGACGUACGGACGUGCGCGCCGGGCGCGCAUGCGCCAGGCGGAGAGCCGGCGGACGGUGAGGGGCCGCUUGGGGUACCGACGCCGCGGACGCCGCGGGCCGCAGCCGAGGCCGGGCCGCGAACCUUCCCUGGCCUCUGUGCGAUGCGGUGUCGGUCUCGGAGGGCGGCGGAGAGGACCGAGCAUGUGCCCCCGGCCCCAGGUGUGAUCAGCAUUGGAAAAGAUGGCAGCCCCAGCUACCACAUAUGAAAGGAUAGUUUACAGAAAUCCCUCUGAGCACCACUACAUGAAAGUCUGCCUAGAAUUUCAAGACUGUGGGGUUGGACUGAAUGCUGCACAGUUCAAACAGCUGCUUAUUUCCGCCCUGAAGGACCUGUUUGGGGAGGUUGGUGCUGCCUUACCCUUGGACCUUCUAACCUACGAAGAGAGGACCUUGUCGGCCAUCUUGAGAAUAUGCAGCAGUGGUCUUGUCAAAUUGUGGAGCUCUUUGACCCUGUUAGGAUCCUAUAAAGGCAAGAAAUGUGCUUUCAGAGUGAUUCAGGUUUCUCCAUUUCUCCUUGCAUUAUCUGGUAAUAGUAGGGAACUAGUGUUGAAUUGAAUAGUCUGCGCUUUCAGAAAUAUUCCUCGCUCUCAAAAGCACUUCUUGGUGCCAGCAUAUAAUGUUUGAAAACUGAAGCAGCCUAAAAGCUCCUGUUGAUGGAAUUUGAGAGCUCUGAAGAUGCUCCCAGUCAUUUCCAGCCAUUGCCUUUGGUGGGGUAGGCUUCAGAGGAGAAUCUGCCUGAACCAAGCAGCGCUAACCAGGCAGCACUUACGGCACACGCACAUCAGAGUUGGAGACCGGGCUGAGCUCAGUAGGGCCUUCACGCAGAGGGACGUGGCUACCUUCUCAGAAUUAACAGGGGAUGUCAAUCCUUUGCAUUUGGAUGAAGAUUUUGCAAAACAUACCAGAUUUGGAAAGACAAUUGUACAUGGAGUUUUGAUCAAUGGACUUAUUUCAGCUCUCCUAGGUACUAAAAUGCCAGGGCCGGGUUGUGUAUUUCUUUCCCAGGAAAUUAACUUUCCAGCCCCUUUAUAUGUUGGGGAAGUUGUUUUAGCUUCUGCAGAAGUGAAAAAGCUGAAGCGGUUCAUUGCUAUUAUUGCAGUGUCAUGUUUUGUACUAGAAAGUAAAAA